AAACUCAAUUUUUUUCUUAAUUAUAUUCCAACUAAUUUUAUUUGAAAAGAGAUGGCGAAAAUUUGCUCGGGGCUUGAGACUGAGCUGAGGCUGGGGCUCCCCGGUGGGGGCGGGGGGAAGGAGAAGAAGAGGGUGUUUUCUGAUAUUUGCGAGGAGGAGGGGAAGGAGGAGGUGAGGAAGAAUCAGGUGGUGGGGUGGCCGCCGGUGUGCUCGUACCGACGGAAAAAUGGUUGUGGGAUGAAAAUGUAUGUGAAAGUUAGUGUGGAUGGAGCUCCCUUUUUGAGGAAGAUUGAUUUGAGUAAUUAUAAAGAUUAUUCUCAUCUUGUUAGGGCUCUUGAAGAGCUCUUUGGAUGCUUUGGGAUUGGAGAAGCAUUGAAAGAUGCAGAAAAUUGUGAGUACGUUCCAAUCUAUGAAGACAAAGAUGGAGAUUGGAUGCUUCUUGGAGAUGUCCCUUGGGAGAUGUUUGCAGAGUCAUGCAAGAGGCUGAGGGUGAUGAAGAGAUCAGAUGCUAAGAAAAUCGCAAAAGAUCUUCUCAAGGGACUUGCCACAGAAGAUUAGGGAUAAUUAAUUAGGAAAUGAAGGGUAUAUCUGUCAUUGUACCACCCUUGGUGAUAAUCUUUAUCUGUAUUAUUAUUUUCUAGAAUUUAUUGAACAAUAGUUGAGAAAUAACUAUUUACAGACUUCGGAUACUUAUAUGAGUCAAGUUUACUUUUAUUUUUGUGAUAGUUUGUUUUGUUCUAUGUAUGUUGGUUAAUUCGAGGUAUUUGUUGUGAUUCAAAUUUAUGCAAUUUCUAUUUGUUUGGAUUUUAA